UUAGGAUUUCGGGAAAAUAGGAUUUAGUUAGUUGUACAAUACUGUGUGUGUGUACCAUAAAACUCAGAUAAGAUAAUAACAACAAUUAUCUCUCACUGUUAAUAUUAUUUUAUUUCCCCCAUAUUACAUAAUGAGAUAUUACCAUAUUACGCACCACGCUUUCCCCGGAAAUAGAAUGUAUUUGACACAAGACGCUAAGCGUACGUGUGGUCGUCACUAGUUAGCACAGCCACCAAAUACUAAACCCCGCCCAUUUCUACAAUUUAUCUUCUUAAAAUGUGAUUUUAAACCUAACCUUAACCACACUGCUAACCUUAUGCCUAACCUUAAAUGAAAAUUUCAUUUAUUUUUACGAUAUACUUUGUGGCUGUGGUAACUUGUGGAAACACGUACUUUUUUUUCAUUAAACGUCAGAGACACGCCCCCGGUUUCUCAGACCAUGUGGUUGAUGAUAAACACAGUUUAAUAUCUCGCCAUGUUAAGCUUUUUGGUUUUAACAUUUGUUCGAUUUUAGUUCGAUUUCUUACCGCGCGCUCACUAUUAGCUGUCACCAUGUCUGUUUCCGACGAUGUGAAUUUUGAAACCCAGAUUGCGUCUGUUUUGGAUUCACUUGCAAAGGUGGCGGUGGUGGAAAUAACGAAACUGUUCGAGAGUCGCUUCCUUGCUUCGGGAACCACUAUUCUCAUUGAAGGGCGGAGUGAACAAAAUGAAACCUUGCAAACAGUGGACGCUGUAAAAAAGUCUGGCAAAAAAUGUCUUCGCAGUAUCGGAGUUCAAGUGGAUGAGGAAACAACAACGUCCUUAGAGCUAUAUGAAAACCCAAAACAGUGCUUGUCCUUGGAGGGAGGCAGUGGUUCUUUGAAUGGGAGCAAUGAGGAGGAGGGUCCUGCACAUCGUAUCCCCCUGCUGAAGGCAAAUCAGCCUGCUGAACUCAAGUGCUCUGUUCUAGAAGAGAAGGUUGUGGAGAUGGUGGAGGGGAUUAGUCUGAAAACAAAAUCUUCAACAACCACUGAGCCAGAAGAAGAACAAGUGAUCUAUUCUGCCACUGUGGAUCCAAUACACCUUUAUGUUCCUGUUCAAAGCUCCCCAACUAAGCAGAAACCCCAGCCCCUCAAGACAGAAACUGAGAAUGGAAUCAACAUAGAAUGUGAGACUAAAGUCAUCUGCCAAAUGGUCCCAAAGGCAGAGGAGGACAUAACACGACAGCCUGCAUGUAAAGAAAAGCCUACCCAGAUGGAGCCCCAGCAGGCCAGUUACAGCACCGCCAAAGGGACAGCCUACAGCCCAUCCUCCUCAGAUGGGGCUUUGGUUCCUGUACAGGCUAAGAGUAUGUUGAAAUUUAUGGGUGUAACAAACGCUCCCUCUGCUCUAAUGAAGAAAAAGGUGGAUGUCAAGCUGGACCAGAAAAAGAAGGUGGAUUUCAAGCUGGACCAGACAAAGAAGAAGAAGGUGAACUUCAAGCUGGACCAGACAAAGAAGAAGAAGGUGGACUUCAAGCUGGACCAGACAAAGAAGAAGAAGGUGGACUUCAAGCUGGACCAGACAAAGAAGAAGAAGGUGGACUUCAAGCUGGACCAGACAAAGAAGAAGAAGGUGGACUUCAAGUUGGACCAGACAAAGAAGAAGAAGGUGGACUUCAAGUUGGACCAGACAAAGAAGAAGAAGGUGGACUUCAAGCUGGACCAGACAAAGAAGGUGGACUUCAAGCUGGACCAGACAAAGAAGAACGUGGACUUCAAGCUGGACCAGACCUCCUUGGAGCAGAAGUUGACGAGGCCUUGCUCUGUCCAGCUGGUGAACCUGCUUUUGGUGCCCGGAAGAAAGAACUCUGGAGGGAAGAAGGCUAAUGGUAGCAACUGUCAUGACAAGAAGAGGUUCCCCAUGCCAAAGGACCUCAAGACCCACCAAGGCCUCCACACGGGCCGACGCCUUUGCUGCUUCACUCAGUGUGGGAACGGUGUCUGGCGGCUGCAAGGGGUCCUCUCCUCAAGCCGCGCCCAUGGCUGCAAGAUCUGUGGGAAGCGCUUCAAGCGCAGGAAGAUCCUGAGGAGGCAUGAGCGCUUCCACACCGGUGAGAAGCCCUACUCCUGCUCCCAGUGCUCCAAAACGUUCGCCCUGCGGAAAAGCCUCCGCAGGCACGAACGGUUCCAUACAGGGCAGAGACCUCACAGCUGCCCCCAGUGUGGGAAGAGCUUUCGUCUCAGGGACAAUCUGAAGGCUCAUCUGCGCUUUCACACUGGUGAGAGACCUUUCACCUGCUCCUUCUGCUCCAAGAGCUUCAGAAUCUUCCGGAAUCUUGAGAAACACAGCAUUGAUCACUUGGGAACGACAGCGAAAUAGCACAUUUUCCGGCGAAAGACAACUGCUAAAAGCAUGAGCAGCCUUCUGUAGGCCACCUUACAAAACUGUCCUACCUCUAACUGAAACUACUGAAUGUCCAUUCCUCAUUAUAACCAACCAUGUUGGUUAUUUUUGAUAAGGUGCUAUGAUGGUAAAUUGCAAUCAGGUUUGGAUUGUCCAGAAUGAUCAUCAGAGUGUAAGCUUCAGUGGACACUGAUGUUGUUGACAACCAUAAUGUUCUAAUACGGUAAGGGCCUGUUUUCCAGACACAGAUUAUGCUUAAUUUUAAACCAAAAAGUAAUUUCAAUUGAGUUUUUCUAUUGCGCAUGCUGGACUAGGCUUAAAGAGACUCUUCGGGAUUUUGGCAAUGAAGCCCUUUAUCUACUUCCAGAGAGUCAGAUGAACUCAUGGAUACCAUUUUUAUGACUCUGCAUUCAGUUUGAAGGAAGUUGCUCACUAGCACAAUGACUGUAAGUCUAUAGUAACUGCUAGUAUGCUAGUAGAUAACAUAGAUUUCCGGUCAUUGCUCUAACGCUAGUUAGAAUUGGCUUGCGAAACUACACUACAUGACCAAAAGUAUGUGGACACCUGCUCGUUGAUAUCGGAAUGAGAUGGUCAAACUUUACAGUUGGCACUAUGCAUUGGGGCAGGUAGCGUUCUCUUGGCAUCCGCCAAACCCAUAUUCGUCUGUCAGACUGCCAGAUGGUGAAGUGUGAUUCAUCACUACAGAGAACGCGUUUCCACAGCUCCAGAGUCCAAUGGUGGCGAGCUUUACACCACUCCAGCCAACGUUUGGCAUUGCGCAUGGUGAUCUUAGGCUUGUGUGCGGCUGCUCGGCCAUGGAAACCCAUUUCAUGAAGCUCCGACUAACAGUUCUUGUGCUGACGUUGCUUCCAGAUGCAGUUUGGAACUCUGUAGUGAGUGUUGCAACUGAGAACAGGCAAUUUUUUUUACGUGCUUCGGCGGUCCCAUUCUGUGAGCUUGUGUGGCUUACCACUUCGCGGCUGAGCCGUUGUUGCUCCUAGAUGUUUCCACUUCAUAAUAUAAGAACAUAUAGUUGCCCGGGGCAGCUCUACUACGGCAGAAAUAUUACAAAUUGAGUUGCUGGAAAGGUGGCAUCCUAUGACGGUACCAUGUUGAAAGUCGCUGAGCUCUUCAGUAAGGCCAUUCUACUGCCAAUGUUUGUCUAUUGAGAUUGCAUGGCGGUGUUCUUGAUUUUAUCCACGUGUGGCUGAAAUAGCCAAAUCCACUGAUUUGAAGGGAUGUCCACAUCAUUUUGUAUACACAGUUGAAGUCAGAAGUUGACACACUUAGGUUGGAGUCAUUAAAACUAGUUUGUAAACCACUCCACAAAUGUAUUGUUAACAAACUAUAGUCAGUUAGGAUAUAUACUUUGUGCAUGACAAGUAAUUUUUCCAACAAUUGUUUUCAGACAGAUUAUUUUACUUAAUUCACUGUAUCACAAUUCUAGUGGGUCAGAAAUGUACAUAUACUAAGUUGACUGUUCAUUUAAACAGCUUGGAAAAUUCCAGAAAAUGUCAUGACUUUAGACGUUUCUGAUAGGCUAAUUGACAUAAUUUGAGUCAAUUAGAGGUGUACAUGUGGAUGUAUUUCAAGGCCUACCUUCAAACUCAGUGCCUCUUUGCUUGACAUCAUGGGAAAAUCAAAAGAAAUCAGCCAAGACCUCAGGAAAAAAUUGUAGACCUCCACAAGUCUGGUUCAUCCUUGGGAGCAACUUCCAGACGCCUGAAGGUACCACGUUCAUCUGUACAAACGAUAGUACUCAAGUAUAAACACCAUGGAUCCACGCAGCCGUCAUACCGCUCAGGAAGGAGAUGAACGUACUUUGGUGCGAAAGUGCAAAUCAAUCCCAGAACAACAGCAAAGGACCUUGUGAAGAUGCUGGAGGAAACGGGUACAAAAGUACCUAUAUCCACAGUAAAACGAGUCCUAUAUCGAACAUAACCUGAAAGGCCGCUCAGCAAGGAAGAAGCCACUGCUCCUAAAUCGCCAUAAAAAAGCCAGACUACGGUUUGCAACUUCACAUGGGGACAAAGAUCAUACUUUUUGGAGAAAUGUCCUCUGGUCUGAUGAAACAAAAAUAGAACUGUUUGGCCAUAAUGACCCUCAUUAUGUUUGGAGGAAAAAGGGGGAGGCCUGCAAGCUGAAGAACGCCAUCCCAACUGUGAAGCACAGGGGGUGGCAGCAACAUGUUGUGGGGGUGCUUUGCUGCAGGAGGGACUGGUGCACUUCACAGAAUAGAUGGCAUCGUGUGGGAGGAAAAUAAUGUGGAUAUAUUGAAGCAACAUCUCAAGACAUCAGUCAGGAAGUUAAAGCUUGGUCGCAAAUGGGUCUUCCAAACGGACAAUGAACCCAAGCAUACUUCCAAAGUUGUGGCAAAAUGGCUUAAGGACAACAUAGUCAAGGUAUUGGAGUGGCCAUCACAAAGCGCUGACCUCAAUCCUAUACAAAAUUUGUGGGCAGAACUGAAAAAGUGUGCGAUCAAGGAAGCCAACAAACCUGACUCGGUUACACCAGCUCUGUCAGGAAGAAUGGGCCAAAAUUUACCCAACUUAUUGUGGGAAGCUUGUGGAGGGCUACCUGAAACGUUUGACAGAAGUUAAACAAUUUAAAAGCAAUGCUACCAAAUAGUAAUUGAGUGUAUGUAAACUUCUGACCCACUGGGAAUGUGAUGAAAUAAAUCACAUCUGAAAUAAAUAGUUCUCUACUAUUAUCCUGACAUUUCACAUUCUUAAAAUGAAGUGUUGAUCCUAACUGACCUAAGACAGAAUUUUUACUAGGAUUUAAUGUCAGGAGUUGUGAUAAACUGAGUUUAAAUGUAUUUGGCUAUGGUGUAUGUAAACUUCUGACUUCAAAUGUAUAUGCAGAGACGUAAAAAUGGUAUCUAUCAGUUCAUCUAACUCUGGGGAAGUAGAUGAGACUUCAAUGCCAAAAUGAUUCCUUUAAUCUGGGUCUGGAAAACUGUCUCUCGGUCUUUACACUGUAUUUCGUUGGACAAAACACAAGGGAUCUGGGCUGAGAUUAUAGUUUGAGAUUAUUUUCAGACCACAAUCUGUGUUCAUGAUACAUAUCAUCACUUUGUUGUAAAUACCAACAUAUUGUUCCUUUUGUAUCUUUGUUUAUAAAUUGUUUUAGAGAUGGGUGUUAAGUUUGAUACUUUUAUCUCUAACUCUUACUAAACCAUUAUGCCAAAUACUUUAGUAAUGCAGCAACGUUCUCUCAUUCUUUUUUAUCCGUACUGCUGUGUUUGUCAGGUAAACAUCCUCCUUACUUUUUCCUUUAUAGAAGUAGGGAAGUUUCUCUAAAAACACAUGACUUAGUUCAAAAUGGGAAGUAUGUUGUUUCCUUUUAAUGUGUAGUGAGAAGUUAUUUCAUGUAUUAUGCAAUUAUAGCUGAUGUCCCUGGUUUAUUUUCGGAAGAUAUUCGAAAUAUUACUUCAUAGCUUUUUUUGUCAACUAAUUGUAUUAAAUUCUAACCCAAAAUGCUGUAAUCUGUGAUCCAAUUAAAAAAAAACAUGUUUUACUGGAAAAUAGUUUUUGUAAUCUGCGUGAAAAUACUAAUCAAAGGUCUGUGUUUUAUUAUAUGGAUUUUGGUAAGUACUGUAGUAAUCUUGUGGGAAUUCCUGAUUGUGUAACAAUCACAGCCACAAUUUGGACCUUUGUCUGGCAAUAAAAGACAUCACCUGUAUUUUUGGUUUGACUAAUGACUUUUAAACAUUCACACAACCAGACACUUCUGAUGUGUUAGUCUCUUCCCUUUUUUCCAAAACUUAAUGUAUGUUACAGUAGCAUAUUCUAUUUUAUAGCAUAUUCAAAAAUUCCAGCCGCAAAGAUGUCAUAACUGGUCCUUGCUAUCCAGUUUCCUUGGGACAUCCCUGCCCCGUUGAAGUUUAAAAUGGUAUGGGUUAAAGGAAAAUUCCACCCAAAAACGAUCUUUAGGUAUUUGUUUCAUUAGUUCAUUGUUGAUAUAGUCCCAAUGUUUUGUAUGUCAGCGAUAAGUUUUCAAGAUGUAUUACUUUCGAAAUACAGAAAUACAGCCAGUGUCAUGCAUUUUGCAACAUAUGAGUGAACUUUGCUUUCAAUUUUGAAUGCUUGAAUUGCACACCGAGAGAGGGAGAAUCUCAAUUUCACACUCCUUGCGUCCUCUCUCCCUGCCUCUUCAAAACUCAUUGGAUGAGAAAGGCAGAGGUCUCUCCACUUGGACCUUCUCCAAUUAGUUUUUAGAAGGAGGCAAGGACAGAGGAUGUGAGGAGUAUCCAACUGAGACUCUCCCAGAGAAAUACACACAGGCAAGGACUCACGGACGACCUUAUAGGGAGGUUAUUUUGUUUGAUUUAGUUGCACAGACCUUCCCAGGGCUCAUUACCUACUGUGUUAACAUGCCAUUCACUUCAGCAUGUGGCUACCAUUGAAACAGGCAACUUUGAACUCUCUGGGAUUACACUCCACAUUUCUGCCUUCUGCUCCAAUCGUCUUUGAACAACAGGAAGGGAGCAAGAUGGACAAUAAAUGUACCAUUCCUCCCUCAAGGAGAACCCAGCUGGAGGUGAUGCUAAUAUGCCCAGUGUGCCAGGACAUAAGGACUGGCGCCAGCUGCCCUGUGGGCACAGCUACUGUAUGGUGUGUCUGGAGGGCGUGAUAGACUUCGCCUCGGAUAUGCCCUUCCACUGCUCAUACUGCGGGGCCAUCAUUGGGGUCCAGGAAUGCUAUGCUACCCCUGGCUAACAUCACAGAGGGCUAAAGAGAAAACCUAAAGGUGCUCUUCUCUUUGUUCACUGUUCUGGUUUAUUACUUUUGCCAAGACUUCUGUCUUGUGUCUUGAUAUAUCUGUCACUGGAUUGGUUUGGUUGCCUUGGUAUGACUGUGUCAUGACUAUCCAUUUGAUUAAAGAUGCACUAUGUAGAAAUCGCUCCGCCAUUUCCUGGUUGCUAAAAUUGUAAUAGUUUGCCAAAUGUCAGUUUGUGUGACAAAAUAAGCAAGUAAAGUGUAGACAAUCAUUGUACCAUCUAAACUGCUGUGAAAUAUAUUUUCCAUAACCAAAAAUAUUGUAUUGUCAGCUCGUUGAUGUACAUAAACCGAAAGUAAAAGACGCAAAAACGAAGCUUCAGAACGGGAAUCAUAGAAAUAGUGCACAUACAGUACCUUCAGAAAGUAUUAAGACCCUUCAGACCACAUUUUGUUAGGUUACAGCCUUAUCCUAAAAUUGAUAACAUUGCUUUCCCCCCCACUCAUCAAUCUACACACAAUACCCCAGAAUGACAA